AUGCCGGUGUUUCUAGAGGACCCUUCUCAGUUCUCGAAAGAGAGGUUAAAGUCAGAAUUAAUUGCACACAAUGUUGCUUUGCCUCCGGGUGAAAGUAAGAAACAGGAGUACCUGGAACUCUUCCUGAAAAACGUCGACGCAAAAAACGCUGCAGAUUUCUCCAGCGAUGAGGAGGAAGAACAGCCUGUCCAGGUUGACGGCGAGCAGAGGGCAGAGCAGCCAGACAUGCGGGACCUGAGUGGACUGACCGAUGAGGAUCUCAAAGCAGGACUGCUGCGGCACGGCUUCCAGGCCGGACCCAUCACCGCCACGACGCGGUUGGUCUACGAGAAGAAGCUCAGGAAGCUGAUGGAGCCACCGGCACCGCCCGAGCUCAACGGCUCCGCCGACGAGGCCGCAUACUCAGACAGCGAGGAGGAGGAAGAGGAGGAAGAGGAAGAGGAGGUGGAGGAGGAGCUGCCCGGUCCCAGAGCAGAGGCAGAGGCCAGCGUGGAGACGGAGGCUGCUGCUAGUCAGUGUCAAGUGCCCGUCACAGAUGUCCUCAUGGAAAUAUUCCCAGAGAUGGAGAAGACGCCAACUGGCAUCUCGGCGACGCGGCGUCGGCCGAUAAAGGGGGCGGCGGGGCGGCCGGUGCAGUUCCAGUACCCCGACGCCCCGUUGAGCCCCAACUCUGCUGAGCAGCAGGAGCUGCAGCGGCGGCAGGUCCCUCUGUGGGUGCAGCUGCUGAUCUUCGUCCUGGUGUCCGCGCUGCUCCUCAUCGCCUACGUGGGCCUGGAGGGGGCGCUGGAGAGCCCGCUGACCCUGCUGCUGGACGGACUCUCCCAGGCGGCGGCGGCGGGGGAGGAGCUGGCUGCGUCCGGUUUGGAGGACGCGCCCGUGAUGGCUGAUGCUGCGGCGCCCCCUAUCUUGGGGGAGUAGAGGGACCCGACCGCUCCACCGCUCCACCUCUCCACCUCUCCACCUCUCCACCUCUCCCUGUGUGUUUUUAUACAGUUUUACACCAAUUCAUGUCCUUCCCUCUGUUUAAAUAUGAGAGAUGGAGCCACACUGCCUUACACAGACAGGAAGCAGUCGGCACAUUUUAACUUGUGAAUGAGUUGGACGAUGAAGUUUUAAGACAGAGAAGAAGCACUGCCGUUGGUCGUGUUCCUCCAGAGUGGUCUGCAUUGACCGCAGCGUGAGGAACCUGUAUACGGCUGGGCCUUUCUUCCGUAUUAUUCACCUAGAUUAAAAGCUGUGUGUUUGUUUUGGUCCACAGGAGAUGGCUUGUUUAAAUCACUAUACGUCUGAAUGUCACGUUGUUCAUUAUUUCGAACCUGUGUGAAGCCUCUUGCCCGGAGGAAAAUCAAGGGGAACAAAAUAGUCAACAUGGUCUUAUUCAACAAUGUAACAGUGGAACGUUUUGGAUCCUUUACAGAUUUACAUACAUUUUCAGGAAUUUUUUGAUGUUUUUUUGUAUGUGUUCAAAUUAUUUUGAUGUUCCUUAAUAAAGUAUUUGCGA